CUCAAACAUACUAUAUAUACUUCAAACAUACUAAGACUGAUCUGAUCUGUUUCAUUGUUGAAUUACGAUCAUUUUUCAACUCAUCUUGCAAAUUAUAUUGUUGAGCUUCCAUUAUCAAAACAAAGUUACGUAUUAUCAUCUUGCAAAGCCGAGUUAGAACAAGACUAGGAGAAGCAAUGAGCUCUGAUGGGAGUCAGAGUGACCCAGCUAGUUCCUUUAGCUCCGCAGUUAUUGGUACCUAUCAAACCUCCCUUUGAAAGGCCUCGAAUAAAGUUGUUGGUUUAUUUACAAAAACUCCAAGUGAGAAACAAAUUUUUGUUUCUCACUAUGAGAAAUCAAGGCAUCCCCAAAAAAGCUUCGGUCGUUGUGAGUGCGAUUGCUACUAUAGCAAUAGUGAUUGCAAUAAUCUAUUGCUUAAAGAGGACAGGGGAUUCACUCCCUAAAUAUGCACAAGCUCAAUUGACCGUUGGACGUAACAACUCUAGCCAACAACAACAGAAUUACAAUUUUAAUAAUGAAGCAAACAUUACUUACGCAACCAUGGAGCGAUUCCUUGGUGACAUAGCACGAGAGCAGCCUACUCGAUUCUCAGCGACCGAGCUUACUCAGUGCACCCGAAACUUUACUAAGGUAUUAGGGUCGGGUGGAUUUGGUGUGGUGUACAAAGGAGAGUUUCCGAAUGGGAUUCAUGUCGCGGUAAAAGUUUUGAAAGAGAAUGUAAGUAAGAAGGUUGAAGAACAAUUCAUGGCAGAAGUAAGCACUAUGUGUAGAACAUAUCACAUUAAUCUCGUAAGGCUUUAUGGUUUUUGUUUCGAUCCAACAAUGAAAGCCUUAGUUUACGAGUAUAUGGAACAAGGAUCUCUUGAUAAUCUAUUAUUUCGUCGAACAAGUAAUAACAUUACGUAUGUAGCAUUGGACAAGUUACAAGACAUUGCAAUUGGUACGGCUAGAGGUAUAGCAUAUUUACAUGAAGAAUGCCAAAAGAGAAUCAUUCACUAUGACAUUAAGCCCGGGAAUGUACUAUUAGAUGCAACGCUAAAUCCGAAGGUGGCGGAUUUUGGACUAGCUAUGUUAUGCAAUCGAGAUAACACACACGUUGUUAUGUCAGGUUGUCGAGGAACACCAGGGUACGCUGCUCCAGAGUUAUGGACUCCCUACCCGGUCACUCACAAAUGCGAUGUUUAUAGCUUUGGAAUGCUUUUAUUUGAGAUUGUAGGGAGAAGAAGAAACCAUGACACUAAUCUUAGUGGGACUAGCCAAGAGUGGCUACCGAGGUGGGCGUAUGAGAGGUUCGACAAGGGAGAGUUAGCGGAGAUGUUGUCGCUUGUAGGUAUCGAAGAGGACGAUAAGGAGAAGGCAGAGAGAAUGGUGAAGGUGGCUCUUUGGUGCGUACAAUACUUGCCAAAUGCAAGACCUAUGAUGAGUUCUGUUGUAAAGAUGUUGGAAGGAGGGGUUUCUAUUGAUUCACCACCAAAUCCAUUUGCUCAUUUGCAGGAUAAUUUUGGAUUAAUUGGUGAAGGUGAUAGUAAUUCAUCAUCAACUAAAAGCACUUCUCCAUUAACCAAAUCUGAGAGCAGCAAUUUGGAGAUUCAAGUAGCCAAUACUUAUUGAUUGUUAUCAUUGUUUAAGCAUGUCUAAUUUUAUGUAAGUCUAUAGGAAUGAUUGAGAACAUAUGCACAAUUAUAAAAAACAAAAAAAAAAAAAGGUAUAGUACCCUACCAUAUCACCCUAUUCUUUUGGUGGUGUUUAAGGGUCUGUUCUGAUUUACUGAA